AAACAGCAUGGAACAGCUGAUUGGUUUUUACUGAGUUGAGCUCCAAGUUAUAAAUGUGAAGUUUGGUCAAUAGAAAUCUCGUUAAAUUAUUAUAUCAACUAAUUCAGUAACAAUUAUAAAUAAUUUAAAACAUUCAUUGUCAUCGUAAUGACCGCGUAAAAAUUGCAAUGUUAUCGUAAAAUUAUCUAUAGUGACGUGAAAGAAAUUUCCUUUCGUAAUGAGAAAUCAACUUUUUUCAAGUACAUAUCCUGUGCUGUACAAGUGGACAAAAUCAAUUACAAAAUAGAUUGAAGAGUAAAAAAUUUUCUUUUUGUCAUUAAAAGCAUUUGUAUUUUUGCAAAUUCUAAAUGGAAUUGAAUAGUAAACGUUUCGAAUAAAUUAAGCCAAUGAGUCAUUAAUAUAAAGUGAUAUUUUCAUCAAGCUAUUUUUUUUUAAUUCCGCACCACCACUGACAUUUUUGGGGAUAAAAUGAUUAAAUGCUAGACUGAUUUUUAUCAACUUAAAAGAAAUGUACGCCCUACAAAUGCAGACAGCCUGUCAAGGAGAAGGCAGUGGCGAUCCUGAAGACACGAGUAAUAAUCAUCGUCAACCGGAGCCAACGCGCUCAACGACACAGGACUGCAGUUCUUUUGAUAUUGUCAGGGCUACUCAGUAUGGGGCUUUAGAACGAGUUACGGAAUUAGUAGAAGCAGGGGCCGAUGUAAAUCAGCCCGACUGUGAAACAGUCACAUUAUUGCAUUGGGCUGCAAUAAAUAAUCGUAAAGAAAUAGUCAAAUACCUCAUAGCCAAAGGUGCGACAGUCGAUGUCAUUGGGGGUGAACUUGCUUCAACGCCAUUACAUUGGGCUACAAGGCAAGGUCAUUUAGCAACAGUUGUUUUAUUAAUGAGAGCUGGAGCUGAUCCAACAUUAAGAGAUUGCGAAGGUUCCUCAUGUAUUCAUUUGGCCGCGCAAUUCGGUCAUACCGCCAUAGUUGCUUAUCUAGUCGCAAAAGGUGUAAAUCCAAAUAUGCCAGAUAGAAGUGCGAUGACUCCGCUUAUGUGGAGCGCUUAUAAAAUUAAUAGGAAUUAUGGUAAAGUGUUCUUGAUUCAAUGGGAAAGCUUUUGCAGCCUUGACCCGACACGUCUUCUUCUCACAUUGGGAGCGUCACAUUCGUUAACUGACAAUUUACACGGGAACACUGCUCUUCAUUGGGCAAUUAUCGCUAAAAAUAAUACAGCGAUAUUAACUCUAGUUCAUAAUGGAGCUUCUUUAGAUACUCCGAAUUUUCAAAAUGAAACGCCUAUGACGCUUUUGGGUCCGCACAUUGGCGCUGCUUGGCUUGGACCUAAAGUUACGCAUGAGAUUAAGGAGAAGCAAGGACGUGUUAGGACCUGGUGUAGAGAUAAGAGAAUGAGGUGGUACUGUAUGGUAGGCACGCCAUUUAUUCUCUUCUACAUAAUUGGGAUGAUUUUUCAAAGCAGUCUCGAUUAUCUUUUAAAAUUAGUUGCCUUUGUUGCAAUAUAUUUAGCAAUUUAUUCAGCGAAUCAUUUUGUUUUUGACGAAAGAUUAUUUGAUGUUCUACCAAUGUCAAUCUAUUUAGCAACCAAGAUGUGGAUUUAUGUCACAUGGGUAUUUUGGUUGGGAGUUCAUGCCGCAUGGUAUUUGUGGCUAAUGCUUGUCGGUGGGUCCGUACCACUUUGGAUAUGCUUUUUACAAUCGUGGCGUGGUGAUCCUGGAAAAAUUACAGCCACACAUGAAGAUAAAUUAAAUACUAUUAUAGAAUUAGCCGAAGCUGGAGGUUUUGAACCUCAGUGGUUUUGCAGUACCUGCUUAGUCAGAAGACCAAUACGUUCGAAACAUUGUGCAACAUGUGAUAUUUGUGUGGCAAGAUACGAUCAUCAUUGUCCCUGGGUCAAUAAUUGCAUUGGUGCACAUAAUCACAAAUACUUCUUGGGCUUCUUGACAUCACUGCUCGGACUCUGCAUUGUGAUUUUGUCAGCGAGCGUUCAGUACUGGCAAUUCGAAUGCUGGACCAAUUUGACGCACGGUCACACGGCGGACAAUUAUUUGGUGGCCGCCGCAACUUGUGACGCAUGGGUCAUGUGGGUCAUGACAAAUACAGCGCUGCAUUCGUUUUGGGUCGGAACACUAUUAGCCUGCCAAUGUUAUCAGAUAAUGAUAUUGGGCAUGACAACGAACGAGAGAAUAAAUGUAGGCCGUUAUCGUCAUUUUGAUAAGGGAAAUCCAUUUCAUCGAGGGGCCCUUCAAAAUGCAGCUGAUUUUUGCAAUUGUAGCUUCUGCGGCCUAGAAGCAAAGCCAAGUUCCGAUUGGCUUCAUAGCUUCGAUUUGAAGCAUAGCGUUGAAAAAUUACCUCUGCUAACUAAUAAGGACAACUUUCAGUACGUCUAGAAAAUACCAAAAUGUAUAAAAAAAAAAAGAAAGAAAGAAGAAAAACAGCGGAGAAAUUGUUACCAAAAAUUACGUAUUAUAAUUAUAUAUACUAGUUUAAGAUUCCAAUAACGACGCACCAUAUCAUCCACGCUUUUGCUCUUUUACCACAACAAAAAAGAAACAUGAAUUUUUUUUCUUAAAAAAAAAAAUAUCAAUCAUUUACAGUAAAUUUUAACAUUUCAGUAAUAGUUUUACUUUAAUUCAUAUAAAAACUCGAAGAGAAAAGUUUAAUCGUUCGUAUAAAUAAAUAUUACCGAAAAAUUUGGAACAUCCAAAUUUUAAUAUCUCGAUGUUUGUACAUUUGCAACUUUCUUCCGAAAAAGCAAAAAUUAUCACGAAGCAAAAAUCCGGAAAUUAAUUAUUAUUAAUAAUUAUUAAUUAGCUAAAAAUUAGGCAAAAAUAAAUAAAAAUUCAGCUAAAUAUAAACUAAAAUUAACUAAA